GGCGGAACCUAUGGAAGGCCUGUAAUCUGCCAGCAACCUAUGUCAAAAAAUGGAAAAGCAGGAGUGUGAGGAGACCUCAAAGUGGCACAUGGCAGAGUGGAAGCAAUGGGAGGCCGUACAGGGACCCAGGUCACACUGUGGGACCAGCAGCAGCGUGACCAGGCGGUACGGGGGCCCAUGGCCGAUAUGGGGCCUGGCGGCACCUAUGGAAGGCCGCUAAUCUGCCAGCAACCUAUGACAACAUGGAAAACCGCAGGAGUGUGAGGAGAUUUCAAAGUGGCACAUGGCAGAGUGGAAGCAAUGGGAGGCCGUACAGGGACCCAGGUCACACUGUGGGACCAGCA